GACAAAAAGUGUUCAGAGUCAACUUAAAAUUAGUUGGUCAGUAGAUUUACACGACAGUAGUUCGAUAAAUUUAAACCGUAGUAAAAUUUUCUAAAUUUUUCUGGAAGAAAUUUUGUUAAAGCAAAAUGGCGGCGAAAGAUUUAAUUUCACUUGAUAAUGAAGUAUUCAGUGUCUAUGUCUUCUGGUCCGGUGUUUUGGUUCUAAAACUCUUGCUGAUGUCACUGCUGACCGCUGUGCAACGCUUCAGGACAAAGACCUUCGCCAAUCCCGAAGAUUUGCUUGACAAACGUCUAAAGGUGAAAUUCGACAAUCCCGAUGUUGAACGCGUGCGCAGAGCACAUCGCAAUGAUCUGGAGAACAUUCUGCCCUUCUUCGUCAUUGGUUUCCUCUACGUGCUGAUCGACCCAAGCCCUGCGCUGGCCAUCAACCUCUUCCGUGCUGUGGGUAUUGCGCGCAUUGUCCACACCAUUGUCUAUGCUGUUGUUGUUGUACCACAACCCAGUCGCGCAUUGGCAUUCUUUGUUGCAUUGGGCGCAACAGUUUACAUGGCGCUGCAGGUAGUGCUCGCCGCUUUGUAAAAAUGCAUUCUAAGCAGAGGUUCACACUCUCCAAAGAUAGAGUGCAUAUUGUAAUAAUUAUAAUAAUUUUAUUAAAAAUAUUUUGUACACAAUUUUUUUGUAGUUAAAAAAUGGUGAAAAACUUUCUUUCAAGACAAUAAAGAAUAUUGUAUAUUUUUAUGAGAUGUGUAUACAAACAAAUAGA